AUGCAUGGUCAUCAUGUACUAACCAAGCAUUUCUAUCAGUUACUUUACAUUGGAUUAAUGACCAAUGGCAGAUGCAAUGUAUACUUUUGGAUUUUAUUCCACUCCAUGAAAGGCACAUAGGUUACUUUCUGGCGGAAACACUUUUUAAUUUAAUCGAAGACUUUGGUUUGGGAAAAAAAAUUCUGUCAAUGACUGCCAAUAAUGCUAGCAAUAUGGAUGUUUGUGGUCAACACCUUACAA